AUGACGUUAUUUAUUUCAACAGGGAUUGCAUUAGACAACACAGUGAAGGAGGCCGUCCAUGACAGUGGUAUAGAAGUUGGCAGUUAUAUGUACGAGCUUUAUCCGAAGAUGUGUGAACUGUUGAUAAACUCUAAAAGUGACAAUACUGUUAAAUCAUAUUUUAAUUCUUACAAACGAUGGGAACGUUUCAUUACUUUACAAGGACACAAAUCUUUGCCAGCUCAGCCAGUUCAUGUUGCACUGUAUUUAACACAUUUAUUGAACAAUAAUUCUACUUGUCACCCUAUUUCGAACGCAGUGUAUGGUAUAAAAUGGGCACAUGAGAUAAAUGGUCUAAGCGAUCCUACAUCAAACACUUUUGUAACAUCAAUUCUUGAAGCAUCUAAAAGAGUAGCACCAAAAAAGACAGAGAAGAAAGAUCCAAUUACUCCGGAAACUUUAAUCGAACUUUGUGAUAUGUUUAAAAAUUCUUUAGAUUUACUUGUUGUAAGGGAUUUGACAAUGAUGAUUUUGAGUUUUUCAGGAUUUCUUAGAUACGAUGAGGUCAGUUCGUUACGCUUUUGUGAUGUAAAAGUACAUGAAUCUCAUUUAAUUUUGUGUAUCGAAAAAAGCAAAACAGACCAAUAUAGGCAAAGUUCUGAAGUCUUGAUUUCCAAGGGUAAUUCAUCUGCUUGUCCUUACACAAUGUUUCUAAGGUACACUAGGUUAGCAGGUUUCAGUGAUUCUUGCCAGAAAUUUUUUUAUUUGUUUCGGCCUAUUUAUAGAUCUCGUAAUACAUGCAAGCUUAUUACUAAGGAUAAAAAGCUAAGUUACACGGCGGCUAGAGAGUCUAUUCUUAAGAGAAUUCGAACAAUUUGUCCAGAUGGAAACAUAGGUCUCCAUUCGUUCAGAUCCGGUGGGGCAACAAUGGCGGCAAACGCCGAUGUUAGUGACAGAUGCUUAAAGAAGCACGGUAGAUGGAAGUCUGACUCUAGUAAAGACGGUUACAUAGUAGAUUCCACUGAAAAACGUUUGAAGAUAUCUAAGGUAUUAGGCCUAUAGAUUACCCCUUUCUUUGGUUUUCUAUCACGUACGACGGGCUGUCGGCAAAUUUGAAUUUGUGUUUGAGUUUUAUUUCUUUUACUGCCAUGUGUACGAAGAAGGUAUUGUUGGUGUGCUGUCAAUGGCAGAAAAGGGUGUCAUUUGUGUGUCUGUCGUCUGUAGUAUAGAGAAUACUAAUAUUUUCCCGCGUUUCGAUCAGUAUAGCGGGAAAAUGUUGUAUUCUCGAUAUGGGAAUCGUCAAUUUUCGGUAGGCCGAAGAAAUUUAGCCAAUCAGAGGACUGAGUUGUGGUCAUAUAUAAGGUGUUUUUCUGUGGUAGCUUCACUUCUAGCCGUCGUAUUGACCGUGUAAACUUCAUUUUUUCUAAAUGAUGAUAUUUAUCUGUUUGUACAUUAUAACAAAA